AUAACAAAUAUACACACAUUUGGUUUUUACAAUUAGAAAUAGAAUGUCUUCUAGAGGUUGUUUUUUUUCUAAUUUAUAUAAAAUUUAUCCAUCUAACAUCAAUUUAUAAAAAAAUUAGAAAUCUGUCCUCAUCUUUCCGUUUGAACGUGUUGUCUCAUUAUACGUGCUGGGUUUUCUUGGGGACAUUUCAUGUGCCCUUGAUUGUUGUAUUUGUUGUAUUAAUUCAGCACCAUGGACAGUGGCAAACAAUUUCUAACUGCUACUAUUUUUACUGUCCUUGUUUUUCUGUUUUGUUUUGUUUUACUUCCUCUGUGUUCCUCUGUGUGGUAAACAAUGAAAGAAAUUUACAAUAAUUAUGCUACCAUUCAAAUGUUUUGGACACACCUUUCGUCUUAAGGGUUUUCUUUUUUUUCCUGACCUCAGUAAAGUAGAAAAUUCCAGAAAUAAACCCUGGCAAGUCAUCUUUUAAGUAACUACCAUUUCAGAUGACUACCUCAUGGAGCUCAUUAGGAGAAUACCAAGUGUGCAAAGCAGUAAUCACAGAAAAAAAAAAAAAACUAUAUAAAUAUAAAACGUGUUUUGAAUAAUUUCACACUUUUUCUUACUCCAUCAUUUUAUAUGUGUUGAUUCAUAGUUGUGAUGGCUUCUGUGAGAAUCUGCAUUAAAAUAGGCAUUGUGGAAAAAAAAAACAAGCUGUGUCCAAACAUUUGACUGGUAAUGUAGGUCAAUGCUCCUACAUGUCUUAAAACGAAAAAACCUUAAGGUUUGUGUGGUUCAUUAUUUAUUUCGAAAUCACAAGAGGAACGUCCUUUUAUCACAGCAGCACGUAAAGGCUUUAGCAGCCUGAGAAAUUGCAUAUGUUUGGCACUUUUUCUAGUGCCUGUCUGUCAAAUCGUGCACCUACUGAGUUUAAGAAAUUUGUUGGUGAAAUAUGUUUUGAAUUAUAAACUUAUAUACGUUUAUGUCUGAGAUUUCCUACUUAGCUCCACAGCAGCAUACAGUACCAUGUAGUUAGGUUGCCUGAACAGAGAGGGACGCUGUUGGCCUUACAGUUACUGAUGAAACAUUUGUUGUAGUACCUCCCUAUACUCCACCAUAUUACUCUGUGAAACACAGAGGCAGAGCUACGAGUCGGGAGUCUCAUGAACAACAUAGGAAAGGAGAGGAUUAUUGGAUUUUUUCUUCACCGUUUGGGAUAAAUACCGAGACGUUUUCUUUGAUUCUGGAUGAUCAAAUGUGGAUCUAGACGCAAUAGGACAAAGGAAUUUGGGUUUUUUUCUUAACAAUAAUCGUCGACAGGAGCCAUGGGAUGGCAAGCGCUGUUCUUUAUGUCGGUGCUCUGUCUGGGCGCUGUGCACGGGCAGGUCAGUUAUUCUAUUCCCGAGGAAAUGGCAAAAGGGGCUUUAAUUGGCAAUAUAGCCCAGGAUUUAGGUUUGAGCGUGGAGAGAUUGAAGUCGGGUAAAGCUCGAAUUUAUACCGGUAACACUGAUGAAUACAUAGAGCUCCGGAGAGACAGAGGAGUCCUCCUCGUUAAAGACAGAAUAGACAGGGAAUCUCUGUGUGGACAGACAAUGCCCUGCGCGCUGCAUUUUCAGAUGAUCCUGGAAAAUCCAAUGGAGUUUUACACCGUUACUGUUGAAAUUACCGACAUAAAUGACAAUCCUCCCAAGUUCGAGCGAGAUGAGAUGAAAUAUGAAGUUAGUGAAUCAGCUCUUGCUGGCGCCCGAUUCGUUUUGGAGAAAGCCGUUGACGACGAUGUAGGCGUUAAUGGUUUGAAUAGUUACGCCCUGAAUCCCAGCGAUAAUUUCGCUAUAAAGACCAUCAGCCGAGGAGACGGCUCAAAACACGUCGAAAUGAUUUUACAGAAGCCUCUGGACCGAGAGAAAAAUGAGUACGUUUCGUUAGUACUAACUGCCCUUGAUGGCGGUGAACCACAGCUUUCGGGGACAAUGGCGAUAACUAUAACUGUAUUAGACGUAAAUGAUAAUCCACCGGUUUGUUCAAAACAGGAAUAUAAAGCGAGUGUGGCAGAAAACGCCCCUGUUGGCACCGUCAUAACACGCAUUAAAGCUACAGACGUAGACAAAGGCAAUAAUGGUAAAGUGACGUACACAAUUCCGAAAUCGACUGCAGCACAACUGUUUGAAAUAAAUGUUGAAAAUGGAGAAGUGACAUUAACAGGAAAUAUAGAUUAUGAAAAGAAGCGGUUCUACGAGCUUGAUGUUCAGGUGUCAGAUCAGGGAGGAUUGUCCGAUGCGUGUAAAGUCAUUGUGGACGUGACAGAUACAAAUGAUAAUCCACCGUCUAUAAACAUCAUGUCUAAAUCAAACUCAGUUUCUGAGAGUGUCAAAAUCGGAACAGUUGUAACGAUGCUUAAUAUACAAGAUCCGGAUUCAAAUGAAAACGGAAAAGUUAUGUGUGCGUUAAACGAAAAUAUUCCAUUUAGAAUUAAAUCAACAACAAAUAAUUUCUUUACUGUCGUCACAGACACUGAAUUAGACAGGGAGGGAGCCUCAGAGUAUAACAUCACAGUGACGUGUUCUGAUGAGGGAGUCCCCUCCCUCUCCAGCAGCGUCACUCUCACUUUACAGAUCUCUGACGUCAACGACAACGCGCCUGUCUUUGAGAGGAGCUCAUAUGAGGCCUACAUAGUAGAAAACAACACACCAGGUCUCUCUAUAUUCACAGUCAAAGCCACAGACGCUGACUGGAACCAGAAUGCUCGUGUCUCUUACAUCCUGGAGGACUCCUCUGUGAACGGAGUGCCAGUCUCCUCAUAUGUGUCAGUUAGUGCUGAUGGUGGAGUCAUCCACGCAGUUCGCUCCUUUGACUACGAGCAGAUCAAAGACUUCCAGUUCCGUGUCAAAGCUCAGGAUGGAGGUUCUCCUCCACUCAGCAGCAACGUGACGGUGAAAAUCCUGAUCCAGGACCAGAACGACAACCCUCCUCAGGUUCUGUACCCAGUCCAGACUGGGGGCUCUAUGGUGGCUGAGAUGGUGCCUCGUUCAGCAGAUGUGGGCUAUCUGGUGACUAAAGUGGUGGCUGUGGAUGUGGACUCUGGACAGAACGCCUGGCUCUCCUAUAAACUGCAGAAAGCCACAGACAGGGCGCUGUUUGAAGUGGGCUUACAGAAUGGAGAAAUCAGAACCAUCCGCCAAGUGACUGAUAAAGACGCAGUCAAGCAGAGGCUGAGUGUUAUAGUGGAGGACAACGGGCAGCCCUCUCGUUCAGCUACAGUCAUUGUUAACGUGGCGGUGGCGGACAGCUUCCCUGAAGUGCUGUCGGAGUUCACGGACUUUACACACGACAAGGAGUACAAUGACAACCUGACUUUUUACUUAGUGCUGGCUCUGGCUGUAGUUUCCUUCCUGUUCAUCACGUGUUUAGUGGUCAUCAUAUCAGUCAAAGUGUACAGGUGGAGACAGUCUCGCAUCCUGUAUCACUCCAACCUGCCUGUGAUUCCAUAUUAUCCACCACGUUACUCAGACACUUUGGGGACAGGGACUCUCCAACACGUGUACAACUACGAGGUGUGCAGGACCACUGACUCCAGAAAGAGUGACUGUAAGUUCGGCAGAGCCGGUAGUCAGAACGUGCUGAUCAUGGAGCCCGGUUCAACGGGGACGAUGCAGAGGAUGCAGAGUGAAAAGAGCAUCUUGGACGAACCAGACUCUCCUCUUGAGCAAAAACCCCCCAACAAUGACUGGCGCUUCACGCAGGGACAGAGACCCGGACCUAGCGGUCCCCACAUGCCGUACGGUACACACAUACGAUGGACGUCGAAAAAUGGGACAAGGGCAACUGGAGGACCUGAGGUUGCCAUGGGAACCGGCCCUUGGCCCCAGCCCCCGACCGAGGCUGAGCAGCUCCAGGCCCUGAUGGCGGCCGCUAACGAAGUGAGCGAGGCUACGGCCACUCUGGGACCUGGCACCAUGGGCCUCAGCACCCGCUACAGCCCCCAGUUCACCCUGCAGCACGUGCCAGACUACCGCCAGAACGUCUACAUCCCCGGCAGCACAGCCACCCUCACCUCCAACCCCCAGCAGCAGCAGGCCACCGCCCAGCAGGCCACCCAGCAGGCACUGCCCCCGCCCCAGGCCUCGGCCCAGCCCGAGCCCCCCAAGGCCGCCCAGACUCCUGCCUCAAAGAAGAAGUCUACAAAGAAGGAGAAGAAGUAGACCCGAGCAGGUGGCGGAAGGAGAAACCCGACCCAAUCUGACGAGUUGAACCCCCCACCCCCUUCCUGUUAGGUAUCUCACUGCUUUGCUGUCACUCACGCUAGACACUGUCGACGAAGUAACGACAGCGACUUACUUUUAACCACAUGGAUGCUGUUGAUGUUUUUUUUUUUUUUGAAAGAGUAUGUCUUGAAGAAUCUGAAUGUGCUGAAGGCUGUUGCUGGUGUCAAUAAGUUGUGUAAAGGGUCAAGUGUUACUAUAAUCGUUGUGGAUAGAUACUAUUGGCAGGGUAUGGGGGGUUACUGUGAUUUUUCUUUUUUUAUUGUUUUGGCAAACAUCAAAUGGACAAAGAGAUUCAGUGUAAGAAACCUUGCUGGAAUGACGAGGCUAAACGCAGUGAUAUAUUCGGAGAUGAACUGUUAAUGUUUUCAUGUUGGACUCCUUGUGCUCUCUCCUUGAGGAGGACAGUCAGCUAUUGUAAAGUACGCUAGUCGCCAUCCAUUAGAUUCCUACAUAGGGCCAGCCUUGUGGAUACCAGGCUGCUGUUUGACAGGUAUUACGAACUCUUCUGCAUGCUCGUUAAGGUUAAAACCACAUAUACUAUGUUAGAGUUGUAAACUAUGCAUUGCAAAAGCAAAGAUCCUCCCUCCAGUCGCAGGUCAACACAAUGCACAUGUAGCAUUUAACUUGACACAAAAAGAAUUACUUUUGUAAGCAUAGUUUAAAAAGGUAAGAUUUUAAUCUCCUGAUAUUUUUAUGACCUGAGCAUGCACCCAGAGGAGGGGCUGGCGGAGCGGUGGCGUGGCAUGAGCCCUGCUGUCCACGCAGCUGGUACACCAGCAGGGACGGGCUGGUGUUAAACCUCCAGAUGGGCCCGUCCAUGUCGCCUUCCUUCUACCAGACCCUCACCUUCACGCCCAGCUCACGUCCUCCCCCCUUACUCACUACCCCACAUUAAGAGCCAAACAAUGAAAAUGCACUGUUUUUAUUCUGAAGAUGACAUGAUGUAGGGGUAGUAAUCACUUCUGUCUUUAGAGAAACGCGUAGGUUUGGUAAACGUACUGUAAGUGCUUAGGAGUUUCUAGACACUUUGCAGGCCUCUAGGGUCGUAAGUAUUGCUCCAAGUUAUCCUGAAGUGUGGAAGAAACCUCUUGAUGUGACAGAGCAACAUGUUUUUUUCCUUGGGAGAUAAAACAUUCAAUAGCAUAAAAGAGGUGUUCAUAUAAGAUUUGAAGUCUUUACUUUGCCGCCCAUCUGUCUGUCAGACCCCUGGCCAAGAACAACUGCAUAAGAGAAGGCAGCUUGCAGACUAGGCCAGGCAGGAUGGAGGUGUUGUGGAAAGAGGUACACGGACUGAGGUGGUACCUUUACAUCACCUGGGGGAGUGGGAAACAACCUUGGCGCUACCAGCUGAAUGUACAGAGGAACCACUGUUGACCCAUCCACCCCCUGAACUCUCUCUAAUGCACUGACCCAGGUAAACGUCUAGAGAUCCAAGCACAGCAGUACCUGGAGAUACCACUCGAGCCCUGUAAAAAUUCCCUCCAUCACUAAAACCAAUGGGAAACCUCAGUCUCUGGACCACUCUCCUCUCCCCUCCACUCCCUGGUCCUGUGAGGCUCAUCCCCACUGUAAAUAAACAAGUCCUGUCGAUGGAAUGAGCCGCUUGUUUGUAUAGUAGGGACCACGUACAACAUUUUCAAAAUAAAAGUCCCUCUCCGCAAGGCGUGGCUUACUACUGGAAUGUGUUGCAUUUUGUUUUUCAAGAAAAAUCACAAAAAAAAGUUCAAAAAUCUGAGAUGUUCAACAGUUUGUGUUGCAAUGUAGUAACUAAGCACCAUGAAAGCCAACUAACUCUUCAGUGUAAAUAAACGAAUUAAAGAUAACUUUAGAUAAGUAAAAUAAAGUGACACGCGUAGACUAGCUAACUUGUGAUAUGUGUUGCGCAUAUUUUUGUGUUCAUUUUCUCUCUACUAUCUUUUAUCACCCUGUAAAGAAACAACAAAAAAUAUGAAAAUGUUUCCAAUCCCUCUGUAACCUCUUAUUGUUCUUUUGCGGUGAUUUUAUCUUGUGCAUUUGUGAAAAAAUGCCUCUCAUUCUCUUUCUGUCCAUAUGAACAAAUUAUAAAUAUUAUAUAUGUGUAAGUCCGUCCGCUGCUGAAUUAAUACUACUCUAUCCUGCUGUAUUAUCUUUCUUAUCAAAUGCUUAUUCCCCACGCUUUACCCCUGUGUUACUCUUAUUUUUAUGCUAAUAUUUAUAUUGCUGUUUUAUUUUCUCUUGGACACUGACAUUUCAAAUAAAAAGAUUCUGAAAUCAUAAAAAAAA